GAACUUUUGAGACGAAAUUGAGAUCUCUCUCUUCAGCUCUGCAGUCAGCUGCCUGAAACCCAUCCCUCCAGAAGUCCAGAGGAAGGAGGACGAUGGAUUACUACAGAAAAUACGCAGCUGCCUUUCUGGUCAUGUUGUCCAUGUUCCUGCAUAUUCUUCAUUCUCUUCCUGACGGAGACUUGAUUAUUCAGGGUUGCCCAGAAUGUAAACUGAAGGAAAAUAAAUACUUCUCCAGGAUGGGUAACCCAGUCUAUCAGUGCAUGGGCUGCUGCUUCUCCAGGGCAUACCCUACUCCAGCGAGGUCCAAGAAGACAAUGCUGGUUCCAAAGAAUAUCACCUCGGAGGCCACAUGCUGUGUGGCCAAAUCAUUUACUAAGACCACAGUCUUGGGAUAUGCUCGAGUGGAGAACCACACAGAAUGCCACUGCAGUACGUGUUACUAUCACAAGGCUUAGCUUCCGGCAGGCGGCUGUGCUGGGGAUGGCUGGUCUGUGGGGUGGC